AUGGAGGUUCCUAUCUUCUCUCCCCACGGUUAUACCGGCUAUGCGAAAAAGGUCUUUGGUGAAGAUUGCUAUGUGUACGGCCCAACGACAGAGCAUUGCGAAAUUUUAUUAUCGAAUGUUGAUGAAGAUGUCUCGCUCCACAUCGAUGGAGGCACGCCCACCACGGCAUACGCCAAUGAUGUCGCUCUCUUGGAUAGCUGGAUGAUGACGCCUGUGUUAAUCUCAUCGUCAGGAUUUGUAACUAUCCGACGUGUUCAGGCUACCGGAGGCAAGGGCGCAGUGUCCUCCAGAGGCUCUGGUGUGUUGCCACCCGUUAGCACUCGAGGAGGCAGUGGGAAUUACGGGGAGCUAUCGUUUCACACCACUGCCUCUUCACCGGUUGUGGCUCCUUCUUUGCCUCUCGGUGUCCUCGCCCCCAUGACGCCGGUUAUCACCUGCAGGGUGAGCACCAAGUGCUGGCCCAGGGUGUUUCCUCACGGAGAUAAUAGCACCGAUACGCAGCUCGUGCAGUAUUUUAAGGAAGCCGUGGUGGUUUCUGUGAGAACGAUGCGUCUACUUGGCGUGGAGGAGGGUUCCAUGGUUCAAGUUGAUUUUCACAGUGAAGCAUCAGUGCUGGCGGCGUCAAAGGUUGUCUUUUCAGUGACCUCGGACUUUGUUGGCGAGGAGUUUUCUUUUGACAGUUGCCUGCGCCACUUUAUUGCCCCCUUUUUUCUUCAACGAUGCCGUGCCAUCAGUGUCGGGGAAGAAUUUGAAUUCAAGAACCAUGAUUACGGCCAGCUGCACGUCACGGUGGUGGCUAUUGAAGACGGACUGUUGAAGUGUGGGCUAGUGGUAGAUUCCACGUGCAUUCGUCUGGUUGCUCAGCCCGAGGCACCGCCGAAGCUUCAAGGCCAUGGCAGCGGUCGCGUGUCAGAGAGCAGCACUCCACGAAUGCGUGUUCCCUCUGCUCGCAAGAGUUCGGGCUCUGUGAGGGGGUCUUCCUUGCCGCGGAACAGCCAUUCCCGUAUGUCAGAGGCAUCGCCCCGUCCAAAGCUUCCGCCUGGCGCGCGGUCCUCCACAUCCGGGAAGCCUCCCCCCAUCGUGGGAGGGCCACCACGCGUACACGAACCCUCGCCUCGGCGAGCCUCUCGAGAUGUCGAGCCGCAUGGGGGCAUCGCAUCAUUUUCGGCGUAUUCACCCCAAACAUUUGACGCCAGCCCGACAUUGAUCAUAAAUCAGAUGCAUUCGCCCACAUCAUUCACCGCUUUAAAGGUUGCAAGGGCUGACAGGGCGCCAGACGAUGAUGCGACAGCGGCCAUCACUAUCGGUACCACUGUUACUGCGGCUUCUGCUCCCGCUGAUGUUUCAAAAGUUGCCGUUGUUAACCCCGCUGCUCGCACUUCUCCCUCCUCCACAGUACAGGAUAGCGAUGGAGUAAAGAUACCACCAGUGCCAAGUCCACAACAUCGCGACACGUUACCCACGACCGAACACGCACCCGACGCAAUCAACCCAAGCAACUUUGCUACGGAAAGCCCAACUGAACAUUCCGUGUCUUUUUUGAAGAAGCCUCAGGAAACGGAGAGCGCCUUACUUCUCCAGAGCAGUGUGGACUUCCUUGAGGUUGAUCCCCAAGAGGACCUGGAAGCGAGGAGGUUUGAAACGCAUUCUUCACGGAAGUCCGAGACGAAUUCUGUGGACAAUAUGGCAUCGGCUGCAUCAUCGCCGACAGGAGGCAGUUGGUCUCAACGAGAGGUGCAUUCAGCGAUAUCAACAACAGAGCGGCGCAUUGUGGCCUGCUCUGGAAACUUAAGCGUUGCCACACAGCAUGACGCAGGGAGCGUUGAAUUCCGCUCAGUUGAAGUCCAAACGGACCGUGAAUCUCCAGUAAAGGAAAUUGUAUGCGAUAUCUCGCUGGGGAAUACUCAAGGAGCACUUCAAGAGCCGACCGAAGCAGCUCCACGGCAAGACGAAGACGAAGAGGAAGGGGGAGCAAAGAACGUCCUGGGUUUGAGCAGCAUUCAUCUUCCCCAUACGGUUUCCAAUCUAACUGUGUCGUCGACGAGGCCGGCGCUUGAGAAGUAUGGCAUGGGCACACGUUGUGAGAAACGUAACGAAGAGAUUCAUUCAUUGGAGGCUGAAGAAGAAGGCGUAUCAGGCAAAGACAGCGCCGCAGAGCCCAUCGCAGAUGAUUUUAAUGAGGCUUUGAAUGGGAAAUCGCAAGAGUCUGCUUGGAGUGUGCCGAACCAGGAAGAGGAAGGAAAGGGGCCAAAAAAUGACUUUAGUUCAAAUGAUGCUUUCAAAAUUCUAACACAUCACAGUGGCUCUACGAAAGCCACUGAGAUGCAGCUGGAGCAGCCCCUUACUGUGACGAAGGAUGUUGCAUUCAGGGCUGGCCGUUUUGUGGAGAAAUGGCUGGAUGUGAAGGCAAAAUGGCAGGGACUUUCCAUCAGCCAUUUACUGAAACGUGAGUCGAGUGCCGUCAUCCAAGAGUUCCAACAUUUUCUUGCUCUCUACAAGGAGCUCAAGCAAAGGCACGCGGAUUAUCUUGCAUACCUUGACUCCCCGUAUGGACACACAGUGCGGGGGGAUCUGGUUCUCCGAAUAUCGUUGCUUGCGGCAUCGAACAUGGAGGGCGAUGGCGGCGGUGAGAUAAAACCCCCGUGGAGACCUGCGGAAUUGCGUGGUGAGAGUGCUGAAACGCCCAGUGAAAAGGCUAACGACGAUUUCAAAAACAACAAUACUUGUGACGCGAACAGCAAGUCAUGUGCGGCGGCUCUGGCGACGGAGCUUUUGAAGUUAAGUGUGCGUGAAGUAAGUGCCAAAUUGGGGUGUGGCGUUUUGCACAUAUUCCGUGUGGGAGGUACUUGCCCUGCGCUGUACUGCACUCUCAUGAAGCCAUACGCUGACGGUCCGGGCGAGAUUACACUCAUGGGAGAGUCAUUUCCAGUGGAGGUGCUACAAACGACCAUCUUGGAGGAUCUGUGUGAGGCACGUGAGGAGAGUCGCCGUGACUGGGUUCAGCUCUCCACGCUAUGGAAGGAAGCCAUUUCUGGUGUCCUGCAACACGGUGUCUUUACGAAACACAUGCAAAAAGUGCGGCAAUUGUUUUUUGAGCUCGCUUUCUUACUACACUGCCCUGGAGAGAUACGGCUCAGUGUCAGGUAUCAGCGACACAUGGACCCUUUUCCGCCCAACAGCGCUGAAUGCGUGGCCCAGACAGAGAAGACGGAGGGCGAUUUUAACCUCACAGGAACAUCCAACCGGAGUCCGUCCACAACGAGUUCCACGGAAAGAAAGGCCGCUCUUUCAAACUUGUGUAAAGAAUUUCUUCCACACCUGCAAGAACUACAGGACACCUACUAUCUGUAUUUUGAGCUUCUUGAGCCUUUUCUUCUGCAUUCAAUGCAACAUCUGGACACGGUUUCGACUCUCACAGACGCGAUGAAAUGUGAAGAGUUGGUUGAUUUCCUGAAAGUAAGUCAUGAGGCACAGAUGUUGGAGCAGCGAGCAGAAGAGACUGGGACACCCUUGCCAUUGGCCGUUGUGGAAGAGGAGCGAGCGGCUUUUCUUAAAUUGGUGGAAGCACGAAAGGCAGGUGAAAUUAUGCCGCUCCCCCAAGAGUGGUGGGAGGCUGACAACUUGAGCAGCAAAAACAAAUUUCCUUAA